AUGCGAAAGCUUGCGGGGAUAGAUCGAUCGUUCCUGGGUGUUUCGCACCCGGCCGAUUCCGAGACGGCGCCUGCUGGAGAGGAGCUCUCUCCGUGGAAGGCUUUGACGAUCUUGAAGGAGCACGGCCUCCUCACCGAGGCCGAGUUCGCAGCCAAGCAGGCAGCGCUUGCCUCGCCCGGCGCAGUGUCCCCGCCCCUGGACAAAGCAACUCGGGCUCCGCCACUGCGCUUGGGCACGACGCUGAUCCCGGACCCACCCACCAUCCCCACCCCCGAAUCCACUCCGCCACACCCUGAGCCUGACUCAGCCCCGAGCCCGAGCCCAGCCCCCGUCCCCGCGAUCCCACUGGAUGCACCGGCACCACCUCCCAUUCAGCUGAGCGCUGAUGCUCUGCGGCAGCUGCCUCGGCUGCCCACACACACGAACGCCGGUCCUGGGAACAGCUUGGUGUACCGACCGCCCGAGUUUCAAUCCCUGGCGGCCUUGACCACCGAAGCUUUGGAAGCCAGCCAGGCCAUGGCCAGCGCCUUGGGAUCAAGACUCAAGGGACCUUGGCUAGCGUGCAAGGACUUUGAGGACUAUCCGCAGCUCUAUGCCAUGUUCCUCCGACUUUGGAGGAACCAAACAGUCAGGCUGCAUGUCUACGGAGGCAGCAUGACAUACGGCGAAGGCUGCUGCACAUCCUGCCAAACCCGAAACAAUCAUUGCUCCUGGUCGGGGCAGUUCGCGGACUACCUCCGCUCGGCCUUCCACGGACAAGUCGAGUUGGACAACCGCGCACGCGGUGGCUGCGACAUGGCCUGCGCGCUGCCGGACAUGGUGCUGAGCCAGAACACGGCCACUGAGCCAAUGGAUGUGAUGCUGCUGGACUUCGGCCAGAACGGCUGGGGCAGCUUGCUUGUGUUCCUCACGGAGGAAAGCCCCUCUGUAUGCUAUCGGUUGUUAACCCCAGCAGUUCCCGAGGAGUUUGUGCGUGCUUGCCAUCUGUUCCUUCCAAAGACCUUGCUCGUGGUCUUGUGGCCGCUUGGCCAAAAACCUUCAGACUCUUGA